GAGCUAGAGCGGCCUGGAGGCUGGAGCUGGAACCGUAGUGUACCUGUCAUACCCAUCCAUCUGAGUCGUCUGAGGUCUCGGCUCGGAGAGGAGAGGCCACGACCACCACCCACCCACCCAUAUGGCGGAGAGGCUAGAGGCGGCGGCGCCGGCCGCUGCCGACGAGUACACGCAGGACGGCACGGUGGACCUCCAUGGCAACCCGGUGCUCCGCUCCAAGCGAGGAGGGUGGAAAGCCUGCGGCUUCGUCGUAGGUUUUCACAGAGGUUGUGGUUUGCACGGAAGAUGUCGGCUAAGGCAGGGUCCAGCUACGGGAAGAAAAAUGUACGAGGUCUUCGAGCGGAUGGCGUACUACGGCAUCUCGUCCAACCUGGUGCUGUACCUGACGAAGAAGCUGCACCAGGGCGUCGUGCCGUCCGCGAACAACGUCACCAACUGGGUCGGCACCAUCUGGAUGACGCCCAUCAUCGGCGCCUACAUCGCCGACGCGCACCUCGGCCGCUACCGGACCUUCAUGAUCGCCUCCGUCAUCUACCUCUGCGGCAUGAUCCUGCUGACGCUGGCGGUGUCGCUGCCGGCGCUGCGUCCGCCCAAAUGCGGCCCCAACACGGCGGACCCCAACUGCGUGCAGCAGGCGACGAGCGCGCAGCUGGGCGUCUUCUUCCUGGCCCUGUACACCCUCGCCGUGGGCACGGGCGGCACCAAGCCCAACAUCUCCACCAUCGGCGCGGACCAGUUCGACGACACCCACCCGAGGGAGCGCAGCCACAAGCUCUCCUUCUUCAACUGGUGGAUGUUCAGCAUCUUCUUCGGCACGCUCUUCGCCAACACCGUGCUCGUCUACAUCCAGGACAACGUCGGCUGGACCGUCGGCUACGCGCUGCCCACGUUCGGCCUCGCCGUCUCCAUCGCCAUCUUCACCGCCGGCACGCCAUUCUACCGCCACAAGCCCACCUCCGAGAGCCCCUUCGCCAAGAUGGCCAGGGUCAUCGUCGCGUCCGCCAGGAAGCUGGCCGUGUCCGUGCCCGUCGACCCGCGCGACCUGCACGAGCUCGACGACGAGUACUACGCCAAGAAGAAAGCGGUGCCGCUCCCGCACACGCACAACCUGACCGUCCUGAGCAAGGCGGCGGUGAAGACGACGACCGGCGGUGAGAAAGAAGGCCGGUGGUCGCUCAGCACGGUGACGCAGGUGGAGGAGACGAAGCAGAUGCUCAAGAUGCUCCCCGUGCUGGCCAUCACGUUCGUUCCCAGCGCGAUGAUGGCGCAGAUCAACACGCUGUUCGUGAAGCAGGGCACGACGCUGGAGCGUCACAUCGGCCGCCGCUUCGAGAUCCCGCCGGCGAGCCUCCAGGGGUUCGUGACCAUCUCCAUGCUGGUCGCCGUCGUGCUGUACGACCGCGUCUUCAUGCCGUUCGCGCGCCGGAUCACGGGGAACCCGCGCGGCAUCUCGCUGCUGCAGCGCAUGGGCGUGGGGCUCGUCAUCCACAUCGUCAUCAUGGGCAUCGCGUCGGCGACGGAGCGGCACCGCCUGGCGGUGGCGCACGAGCACGGGCUCUACGACAGCAAGAACACCACCACCCCGCUCACCAUCUUCGUGCUGCUCCCGCAGUUCGUGCUCAUGGGCGUCGCCGACGCGUUCCUGGAGGUGGCCAAGAUCGAGUUCUUCUACGACCAGGCGCCCGAGGGCAUGAAGAGCCUCGGCACGUCGUACGCCAUGACCAGCCUCGGCAUCGGCAACUUCCUCAGCAGCGCGCUGCUGUCGGCAGUGUCGCACAUCACGGAGCGCCACGGCAGGACCGGGUGGAUCAUCAACAACCUCAACGCCUCGCGGCUCGACAAGUACUACGCCUUCUUCGCCAUUCUCAACUGCGCCAACCUCGCCGCCUUCUUCUUCGUCUGCCGGUUCUACGUGUACAACGCCGAGGUAUCCCGCGUCGUCGACGUCGACUCCGGGAGCACCAAGCAGAAGCAGCGGGAAGUGGCAAUGCAGGCGCCGGCGUCCGUGGGCGCAGUGGAGGUGGCCCUAUAGGUGUAGUAGUGUUCCAUUACAAAUGUAGCUGUCAUACACACUCAUACAGCAUACUCACGUGAUAACAUGAAGCUCUGCGUGUACAUUGCGGUAAUCUCUCUGCAUGAACAUGCAUUGGAUGUGAUGAACAAGAACUUGACGUUACGUUGCUUGGAGUUGUAAUCCUACCUCCUAGCAUCUUGGGCCAUUCCAGCAAUGGAAGCUUGAAUGGCAGAAAUGCGGAAUCGUAGCACAAACCUCUUGAAUCUUGACGGGAAA